AUGACUGACAGGAAGGCAGUAAUCAAGAAUGCUGACAUGUCUGAGGACAUGCAGCAGGAUGCAGUGGACUGUGCUACCCAGGCCAUGGAGAAGUAUAAUAUAGAAAAGGACAUUGCAGCCUACAUAAAGAAGGAAUUUGACAAGAAGUAUAACCCUACAUGGCAUUGCAUUGUUGGAAGGAACUUCGGCAGCUACGUCACUCAUGAGACAAAGCAUUUCAUCUACUUCUACUUAGGGCAGGUGGCCAUCCUCCUCUUCAAGUCUGGCUGAGUUCUCUUUGAGGCCUGGAGUGCCUCUCUUCCCAACCUGGACUGUAAUGCACUGG